GUUGACAGACGUUUCGGCAUUUGGAAAUAAGUAAACAAACGAUUUCGUCCGCGGUGUUUUGCCUUGGAACUAGCAAUGACCGCUUUGGUGUUAAAAAAGACGAUUGACUGCAACCAGGGAGCUGUGAGAGCUGUCCGCUAUAAUGUUGACGGUUCCUAUUGUCUUACCUGUGGCUCCGAUAAGAAAAUUAAACUUUGGAAUCCAAAUAAUGGUCUUAUAUUGAAAACAUAUGGUGGACACGCCGACGAAGUUACCGAUGCGGCUGGAAGUUGCGACAGUUGUCACAUAGUUUCGUCUAGUAUUGAUAAAAGCAUCAUUUAUUGGGAUGUAUCGACAGGACAACCUCUUCGACGGCUUCGUGUUCAUGCUGGAGGAGUGAACUGUGUACGAUUCAAUGAAGACUCAUCAAUAGCUGUUUCCGGUUCAAAGGACAAUACAAUCAUGUGCUGGGAUAUUCGAACACGAAAACUUGAACCAAUACAAGUGAUGAAAGAUGCAAAAGACUGCAUUACAUCUUUGAUUGUGACUAAUUAUAAAAUAAUCGCUGCAUCGCUCGAUGGUGCAAUAAGACAUUACGAUAUACGAGCUGGCGAGUUAAGCUGUGAUAAAAUUGGAGAGCCAGUUACAUACAUAGCACAAACUAGUGACGAACAAUGCAUUGUUGCUGCUUGUUUAGAUGGAGUUGUUAGACUUAUUGACAAUGACAGUGGUGACUUGCUAUCAGAAUAUACAGGACAUCAGGCCGAGGACUAUCAUAUUGAAUGUGGGAUUUUGUCUAACGAUUCACAAAUAGUGUCGGGUUCGAUGGAAGGCUGUGCAGUUAUAUGGGACCUAAUAGAAGGGAAGGAAAUAUCCAGGCUGAACAUCGGUCAAGGUGUUGUUCACUCGCUGACCACGCAUCCAACGGGACCAGAAAUGAUUUUGGCGAAACGACGGGAUAUUUAUAUUUUCGGGCUUCAAUCUAAUGACAAUGAUCUAACUGAAUAAAAUUAUUAAACUCUAACUCAAUAAAGGUAUAAAAAUUGCAUUUUCA